AUGGGGCCACGCGAUAAGCAGAAAACCCCGGCCACGGGAUUCUCGGCCCCGACUCUCUCGCUCGUGGAAUACGUUAAGAUCGCCACCGGUCAGAGUUUCGGAGCGAGGAAGGAUGGAAUACGGGGGCCGAGGCUUAGGAAAGGGCGGAUGAACCGUGUGUUGUUGUAUAACGGAUGUUUUAACCCGCCGCAUCAUGGGCAUUUGGCGCAUUUGAUACAUGCGUAUCGGUAUGCUGGUGGUUUCGAUUCUCUCGGGGAUAGUGGUAGCGGUCACAGCACCGCCGCUAAAAAUAAUGACGACGGUGGUGGUGACGGUAGUAGUGGGAGUAGGAGUGAGGACGCAGUUAUCGGCGCUAUCAUCCUGGUAGCCCCAGACGUAUACCUAUCCUACAAAUUCCCCACGCACAAGAAAAACCUACACCUCCCGGAAAAUCAACGCAUCGAGCUGUGGGAAACAGCACUCUCCCAUCCCCAAGUCAACGCUCGGGAAUGGUGUGCGGUGAUUCCGGAAAGCGAUUGGAUGACUGUAGAGUCCGAACUUGAGGACUUGUGCGCGGGGGAUGGGGUGCAGGUUGAGUAUGUGAGGCUUGCGGGUGGUGAUAAGGUUAGUAGGAGGUUGGUUGAACAUGGUGCUUGGGGGUGCGUUGUUACGGUUACCGCGGAUGUUAGUCGGGGUGUGGAUUUUUGUGAGAGGGAUGGGGAUGGGUACAGGUUGCACAGGAUUAAGGGACAUGGCGAGUGGAAGAGAGCCGUACAGGACGAUGACGAUGAUGACGGUGAUACAGGCGAAGGCAAAAAGAAAGGCCGCCGAGAUGUAUGGACUUGCAGCCACGCCAAACGACGCGAUCGCGAGCUUCUCUUCGUCACGAGCCGCGAAGAUGAGCGAGUUGACCCGAACGUGAGUUCGACAGAAGUAAGGCGUAUUAUAAGCGAUGUUGUUUCUACUUCUACAACCUAUGCCUACACUGCACAGCAGACCCAGGAUUUACUGGAGAAGGAAUUGUCUGGCGUGGCAUUGAGUUCGGAGCUGCUGGCGCGGUAUAUUGUAGAGGUUCCGAGUUUUUUUGUUGAGAAAGGGUGGACGAGUUGUUAA